AUAUCACAGAAUUGAAACAGCUUCAGCUUGCUUAGGAAGAACGUCACAUAGUCAUAAAAGAAAAAGUGGAGAAUAUUUAGAAGAUACUAAUAGCGAAAGUGGUAAAUAUGUGGAGAACUUUGCAAGAAAAAAAAUGAUGUCCUUUGUGGAAAAUGAAGAUUGCAGUGCUUUGAAAGCAUCGAAUCCCAAAUGUGUGAACGGAGAAAAGCAAAGUCAGAAAAAGAAACCAGGUUCCUUAUCUAAAAAAUGGAGGACUGGUAGGAAAACAAAGAACAUUAUUCCAGUGGCACAGUCUCAGCUGACGUUUGUGAAACCUUUAAAAACAGACAUUCCUAGACAUCCAAUGCCUUUUGUGGCCAAGAACAUGUUUUACGAUGAGUGCUGGAAAGAGAAACAGCAACAAGGUUUUACUUGGUGGUUGAAUUUUGUACUUACUCCUGAUGACUUCACUGUGAAAACAGAUACUUCACAAGUCAAUGCGGUGUCCGUUAUCUUGGGAGCAGAGUCUCAUAAACCAAGUGUUCCUAGAGCACCAACUAAAGAAGAAGUAUCCCUAAGAGCUUAUACAGCUCGGUGCAAGCUGAACAAACUUCGUCGCUCAGCUUGCCGUUUAUUUACAUCAAACGAGAUGGUUAAAGCAAUAAAAAGGCUGGAGAUUGAAAUUGAAUCAAAACACUUGUUAAUUCGGAAGGACAGACAUCUCUGGAAGGAUAUUGGUGAAAGACAGAAAAUCCUCAACUGGCUUUUAUGCUAUAACCCACUAUGGUUGCGCAUAGGUCUGGAAGUAGUCUAUGGUGAGCUAAUUGCCUUAGAGAGCAACAGCGAUGUAAUGGGCCUGGCAAUGUUUAUACUUAAUCGCUUGUUGUGGAAUCCAGAUAUUGCAGCUGAAUAUAGGCACCCAAGUGUGCCUCACUUGUAUCGAGAUGGACACGAAGAAGCAUUGUCAAAAUUUACGCUGAAAAAACUUCUUCUGUUGGUUUGCUUUCUUGAUCGCGCCAAGCUGUCUAGAAUUAUUGAUCAUGAUCCUUGCCUCUUUUGUAAAAAUGCAGAAUUCAAGUCUAGUAAAGAGAUACUGCUGGCAUUUUCCCGAGAUUUUCUAAGUGGAGAAGGUGAUCUUUCUCGCCAUCUAUAUUUCCUGGGCUUUCCAGUUCAUCACGUGCAGACUCCACUUGAUGAGUUUGACUUUGCCGUAACAAAUCUAGCCACAGAUUUGCAAUGUGGCAUUCGUCUAGUAAGAGCAUUGGAACUACUGUCGUCAAACUGGAGUCUUUCCAAAAAAUUAAGAGUUCCUGCAAUAAGUAGACUUCAAAAGAUGCAUAAUGUCAAGAUUGCCUUUGAAGUACUAAAAGAUCAUGGAAUACAGUUGGAAGAUGAACAUGGUACAUCGAUUGACGCUAAGGAUAUUGUGGACCGGCAUAGAGAGAAAACACUUGCACUGCUGUGGAAAAUAGUAUUUGCUUUUCAGGUGGAGGUUUCCCUUGAUAGGGAUCAGUUGAAAGAAGAAAUUGAUUUUUUGAAGAACAUGCACGUUACAAAAGUGAAGUCUGCUGCUUUAGAAUCUCGUAUUGCCAACAACGUGAGAAAAGACAGCAGUAACUUUUAUUCAUCCGAAAGCUGCAGUGAAAAUGUAAAAAUGCUGAUGGAUUGGGUCAAUACUGUCUGUGGGUUUUACAAUGUCAAGGUUGAAAACUUUACAGUAUCCUUCUCAGAUGGAAGAGUGUUGUGUUAUUUGAUUCAUCAUUAUCAUCCAUGUUAUGUGCCUUUGGAAGCUAUCUGCCAGCACACAACUCUAACAGUGGAAUGCACCAAAAGUGGUACAGUUGCUCUAAAUUCUUCCUCUGAGUCUGAUUCUUCUCUGACUGUACUCAAUGGAGCUUUUGAUGAAACUGUAACUUCUUCCGUGCUUUAUAAAGAACUCCUUGACAAUGAGAAGAGAAACUUCCAGCUGAUUAAUGCUGCAAUUUCUGACCUUGGUGGUGUUCCUGCUAUGAUUCACCUUUCAGACAUGUCCAAUACAAUUCCUGAUGAGAAGGUAGUUAUUGCCUAUGUGUCAUUUCUUUGUUCGCGACUUGUAAAUCUUUCUAAAGAGAUUCGAGCAGCUCGACUGAUUCAGUCAGUGUGGAGGGAACACAGAUUGAAAACAAGAUUAGCACAGAUUUUUGAAGAAAAAUCAAAAGGUGCAGUUGUAAUUCAGAAACAUUGGAGAAGAUACAUGGCCCAGGUGAAACUUCAGAAAUUAAAAAAAGCAAAGCAGGAAGAAGUUGAAAGAGUAUCUUCUGUUGUCAUUCAGACUUACUGGAGAAGAUACAACGCAAGAAGAAAAUACUUGCAGCUUCGGCAAUAUACAAUUAUUGUGCAAGCAAGGAUAAGAAUGUUCCUUGCUGUUGCUGCUUAUAAAAAAGUUUGCUGGGCUGCUCUCACUAUUCAGAGGCACUUCAGGGCUUUUUUGAUAGCAGAAGCCCAUCGCCAAAAAUAUCAAAGGAUGAAACAGUCAGCGCUUGUGAUUCAGUCUGCAUUUAGAAGAUGGAAAGGCUGCAAAAUGAAUUCAAAAGUUGAAAUAGAGAAGCGACUGCAAGCAACUGAACUAGCAAAGAAGGAGAGAGCUGCAGUUGUAAUUCAGUCAUGGUACAGGAUGACCAGAGAUCGAAACAAUUACUUACAUAUCAGACACAGUGUUAUCAAGAUACAGGCCUUGUUCAGAUGUCUUAAAGCUAAAUUCAUUUACAAACGGAAAAGACUGUGUGUGAUGGCUAUUCAGAAGUGUUACAGAGCUUACAGGAUGAGGAAAAUUGACAGGGAAACAUAUUUGCAGAAACGUUUGGCAGCUAUAUUCCUGCAAUCUGCUUAUAGAGGAAUGAAAGCUCGUUUACUGUGUAGACAAGUCAGAGCUGCUGGUGUCAUUCAGGUACACUACCGUGCAUACAGAAAGCAAAUUUUUCUGAGGCAGAAGUUCUUGCAGCUAAAAAAGGCUGCUGUGUGUUUGCAAGCAGCUUACCGGGGCUAUAAAGUACGGAAAAUGUUUAAGUGUCAGAAAAUGGCUGCUGUUAAGAUCCAGUCUGCUUUGAGGGCUUAUGCUGCAAGAAAAAAAUACCAAGCUUUGAUUCAAGCUACCCUUGUGAUUCAGAGAUGGUACAGGGCUUCCAAAAUCAGAACAAGGUUUUUGAAGACAAGAACAGCUGUAAUUUCCUUGCAGGCCGCUCUGCGUUCCUGGCAAGUAAAGAAAUGCAUUAAGAGCUGGCAUGCUGCCGCAAUUAAAAUACAAUCUGCCUUUAGGAGACACAUGGCUCUGAAAAAGUUCAGGAUGGUGAGAAAUGCUGCUCAAACACUUCAGCAGCAUUACAGAGCCAAACUUUUGGGCAGAAAACAACAGCAGGAAUACGUUGCGCUUCGCAAUAGCAUUGUGCAACUCCAGGCAGCUUGGAGGGGGAGGGUUGUGAGGAAGGCAAUCCAAAGACAGCACCACGCUGCAGUAGUCAUACAGUCCUAUUUCAGGAUGCACAUCAGUCAAACAAAGUUUAAAAGUUUCAGAGGGGCUGCCGUUAAGGUUCAAAGGUGGUAUUGUGCUGCUGUCCUAGCCAGGAGUGUAAGGCAGGAAUACCUCACUUUAAAGGUUGCAGUUGUUAAAAUGCAAGCAAUUUACAGAAGCGUAAGAGUAAGGCGUGAAAUUCAACGCAUGCACCAAGCAGCAGUUAUUAUCCAAGGCAUGUUUAAAAUGCAUCAGAGUAAGGUUAGAUAUCAGGCAAUGAAACUGUCAGCAAUUGUAAUUCAGACGCACUACAGAGCUCAUUGCAGAGGGAGAAUGGAACGGGAAAAGUAUCUCAAGUUAAGGAAGGCUUCUCUUGUACUACAGGCUGCCUACAGGGGGAUGAAAGUUAGACAGGAGCUAAAAGCUUUGCACCAGUCUGCAACUUCUAUUCAGUCAUUUUAUCGAAUGUACAAGCAGCGAAAAUCUUUCCUGAAGCUAACUGCAGCGGCCAAACUGAUUGAGCAGUGGUAUUGUGGUUGUAAAUGUCGCAAUGCUCAGAUGCGCAAAUACUGGCAGAUGAAGACUUCUGCCAUCCAAAUACAGGCUGCCUUCCGAGGUAUGAAAGCGAGGCUCCAUUUGCAAAGGAUGCAUAUGGCUGCCACCACCAUCCAAAGGCGAUUCAGAACUUUUCUUCAGAGGCAAAGGUUUGCUUCUCUUAAGGCAGCUGCUGUGACGAUUCAGAGGAAGUACCGAGCAAUGGUACUCUCUAAACAGCAGCGUGAAGAGUAUGUCCAUCUCUAUAAAGCUGCCAUCGUAAUACAGUCUGCCUUCAGAGGCCUGCUGGCCAGGAAACGUGUGAGCCAAAUGCAUGGAGCUGCUACAGUUAUCCAAGCAGCCUUUAGAAGACAUACAGCUUAUACUCGAUACCAAGCUGUGAAGCUUGCUUCUGUUUCCAUACAGCAGCAUUAUAGAGCAUACCGUGAGAUGAAACACGCUAGAGGACUCUACUUAAAAUAUUGCCACUCUGCUUUAGUUCUUCAGGCUGCUUACAGAGGAACGAAAGUGCGAUGCAUCUUGAGGGAACAACAUUAUGCUGCAACAGUCAUACAGAGUAACUAUAGAAGGCACAGGCAGCAGUGUUCCUACAAAAAAUUACAAUGGGCAGCCAAAGUUAUACAGGUUCAAGUCAGGGCCAAUAAGCUGUGCAAAACUGCAGCCCAGCAGUAUUCCUCUGCUAAAAGUGCCGCCAUUUGCAUCCAGAAAGCUUUUCGCUGGAUGAAGGCAAGACGAUGUCAGCAAAGGCACCAAGCUGCCAUUGUGCUUCAGCGGAAUUUUAAAAUGCAGAGAGAACGUAGAAAAUACCUUGCUUUGAAAGCAGCUGCUGUAGUCCUUCAAAGACGGUACAGAGCAUCAGUUCUGGCAAGGAGGCUGGCUCAGGAAUACGUUUCUGUUUGUGCAGCCGUUAUCUGUGUCCAGUCUUUCUACAGAGGAUUUAAAAUCAGGAAGGAAAUUGAGCGCAAACACUUAGCAGCAAAGGUAAUUCAAGCAACAUUUAGAAUGCACAGGGCUAGGGUCUCUUACCAAAAGCUGAGAGGUGCUGCUGUCACCAUACAAAAUUCCUACCGGUCUUACCUAAAGGCAAAACACCAGGAAAAAGCACACCUGGCAAUUAAGAACUCUUCUGUAAUGAUUCAGUCCACAUACGGAGAGUUAAGAACACAGCAAGAAGUGAAAGCUAUGCACGUCGCAGCAACUCUCAUCCAGUCUCUCUAUCGAAUGCAUGCCCAGCGCAGACAUUACAAGUUGAUACGCAGGGCUGUGAUAACUAUUCAGUCUGCCUAUCGUGGAAGGGUAGCACGCCGACAGGCAAAGGAAAUCUGUGCGGCCAGAAAGAUUCAGUCCUUCAUUCGCAUGACUGUGGCUCGUAGAAAGUUUAUUCGCCUCAGAACAGCAGCUACUGCAGUACAGACUCAUCACCAUACAAAUAAAGCCAUGGAACAAUACCAGAAAUACUGGGAAGCUGCACUUUUAAUACAGCGGCGUUAUCGGUCUUACCUGGCUAUGAAACACCAAAGAGUAGCUUAUUUGCAAACUUUGAAGAGCAUCAUCAUUAUGCAAGCUACAGUCAGGAGUUUCCUUGAACGUCUAAGGCUCUGCAGAUUGAAAAGUAUCCAGAGCCGGCAGAGUUUUCUCAUUCGUUUUGCAGCUGCUGCAUAUCAUCAUCUCGCUGCUGUUAGAAUUCAGAGGGCUUACAGAGCUUUUCACUUGAAGCAAGCACACUUGCAGCUCUCUUCAGUUCUGUACAUUCAGAGGUGGUAUCGAGCAAAACUGCAGAGGAGGAGAUACCUUCAAGAUCGUGAGAAUAUUAUUAAAAUACAAAGAAGGGUGAGGAGACGGAAGAGCUGCAGAAAUGUAGCUGCAAAUGCGGUUCAGGAAGGCAUGAACCAAAAAGCCCUAAUCAAUGGAGUAACUAAAUUUCAGUCACUGUGGAGAGGGUAUUCAUGUAGGAAGAAGACUGACACAGCAAAAACGAGAGCUCUGCGAGAUAGCUUGUCGAUUGCCAAUAAAGAAAGCAACGAAGAUAAGAAGCUAUGCAACAGAACAGCACUUGCCAUUGAUCGGCUUCUCAAAUAUAAACACUUUUCUUACAUUCUGGCAGCUUUAAAAGACUUGGAGGUUGUUACCCGACUAUCACCCGUUUGCUGUGAAAGUAUGGUCCAGAAUGAAGCAGUAUCCACUAUUUUUACUUUGAUACGGAGUUGCAAUCGCAGUGUCCCUAGCAUGGAUGUCAUACGUUAUUCUGUCCAGGUCCUGCUUAAUUUGUCAAAGUAUGAAAAGACAACUGAAGCUGUUUACACAGUGGAGAAUUGUGUUGAUACUUUACUGGACCUACUUCAGAUGUACAGAGAGAGAGCUGGCGACAAAGUUUCAGAGAAAGGUGGAAGCAUUUUUACCAAGACGUGCUGCCUGCUUGCUCUUCUUUCAAAGGACUCAAGAAGAGCUUCUGAGAUCCGAGGCAGCUCACGAGUAGUUACUCGCCUUCAGAGCCUGUUUAAACUCACAGUACGGAAACAUCAAAUGGAUGCACGAAGAAUGCUUGCCAAACAGAAGUUGGCUGCAUACAAAAAUGGGCAUUUCUCUGUCCCAGCAACUCCUCUAAGGACAACAAUAGUUUCAAGGCAGAGACCAGAAUGGGUUUUAAGGAAAGAUAAUAUAAAAGAGAUUGUUGAUCCUCUGCAAGCAAUUCAAAUGGUGUUGGAUACACUUGGAAUUCCUUAUUACUAAAGAAUGACUUAAAAUGAUAUUUAAAAAAGCAUUGUCAGGAUCAGCUUUCAUAUUAUGUAGAGUUUCAUAUAAAUCUAUCUCAAUUUUAUUGCACAUUUUUGUAUGUCAGCUUGUGAUUGGUGUUGUCUUUAUUAAUUACUUGGAUACGAUUUGUAAGUAACAAACUAAACUAUGUAUUUUUUUAAAAGGCUGAGAUUUUGUACAAUAAAAUGGAAACCAUUCUGUUUA